AUGUCCAAGAUUUGUUGUUUUCUCCUCAGACCAGAUGGAAGACAGCAGACCGGAGAGAUGGUUCUGCGAGUUGUUGAAGAUCUGCUCAAGCGUACUGUGUGGGUACAAUUGAAGCAAAAUGCUUCCAGUGCGGAUAACUAUGCGACCAUUUUUGCCGUCGGCGGCAUGAUGCACAAAUACACCGAAUCUGUCACGUUCUCCUCUGACCUUGUUCUAUCGCCUUGCCUCACGUCUGAGCCCACAUUCAAUGCCAUAGCUCGUCGCUAUAAUGUCAAAUGUAGUGGUGAACUCUUUCACCGCAGCAGGCAUUCUCGAAGUAGGAAUGUGAGGGACUCCAUCUCCAGCAAGGAGCCGCGCCGGCGCGGGGUUUGUUGUGCCUGGGGCCACAUAGUCACGGAGCGUUUAGUCAAUCCCGAUGCUGUCAUGCAACAAUUGCACGACCUCUUCCUCAAGAAGACUGGCACUCCCGACGUCGAACUGACCUCCUUGUUGAUCGUUUCCUGGGUUAUUGGAAAUCCCACAUGCUCCAAAAUAUACCUGCCUGAAUAA